AUGGCGAGGAUCGCGGCGGCCCUGUGCUUGGCGGCUUGCCUCCUUUUCUCCGCUCAGGCGGCGGUCGUCAAGUACGAUGCCGCCCUGGCUUCGGUUCUGGCUUCGAUGAACGUCCACGCGGAGUCCCUGCAGGGCGCCGCCGGAGGCAGGGCCCUCCUUCAGGAGAGCGGCGAAGGGGUCGACGUCCAGCAGUGCAUCUGGAACGAGCAGGACAAGCAGUGUGGCCUGAGCCCCAUCGUCGCCAUCGACUUCGUGGCACAGGCGCCGUCUUCGCCCAUCAAAAACAUGCUGCUCAGCAUCGUGAAGUGCAGCCUGACCAUCGAUGAAGAGAAAUGCAAGGGCAACGAGCAGUGCGCAUGGGACGAGGGUGAGUGCGCCGCCGACGUGGACGUGUCCAACACGGAGAGCAUUAGCGACUGCGUCGGGAAGGACGUGAGCGCAUUCCUGGAGGCUCCCGAGAAGUUCGCAGAGUGCUCGCAGCACAAGUCGGCCGAAGUGUGCAACAUCCAGAGAGACUGCGGAUGGGCCGAGGCGGGCGAUCAGAAAAUCUGCGCCUUUGACAUCUGGAAGUCCCUGACCGGAGUGCCCUCGACAUUCGGAGAGUUCCCUCUCCCCAGGGGCCUUAAGGAGAUCGAGGAGAGCCGGGCGGCGGUCCUUGAGAAGGCCGUAGAUGACGCCAACGUGAACGACACGAAGGCCAUCCUGGACGUCGAGGUGCCGCCGUUCGAGUGCCCCGACGGCAUGGACUACGUGGUGUGCAACAUCGCCGAGGAGGCCGACGUCCUGCUGCUCACCCAGCUCUAUUGCCAGAAGCGACUGGCCAGUGACGGUGUGUGCACGGAGGACAAGCUUUGCGGGGACGUUGUCGUGCUCGACGGCAAGGAGCACUGCGAGCCUGCGGAUGCCAUCUUCCUGGCCAUGAGGGUUGCCCAGCGCGAGAAAUACCUCGAGGCCAUCAGCGACCCCGUUGCCCAGGCCAUCAUGCGCAACUCCCUGCAGUGCCUGGAGACGGGCACCACGGAGGGCAACUGCAAGGAGGGGUGCCUGUGGAACGCCCAGAUGGGCGUCUGCAACUUGGGGCCCAGCAUCCUGCUGAAGGAGCUGUCCAAUCAGAACGUGCAGCGAGGCGGCAUCGAGUGCCAGGUGGUCCAGGGCAUCUUCGGCUCGGGCUGCCUGACGCUGGAGAACCAGGAGGCCUGCGACGCCAAGGCCGAGUGCGGAUGGGACGAAGCUGACGGCUUCUGCACCGCGGGGCCCCUGGCCUACAUGGACAUCCUCUUCUCUCACGACAAGGCGCUGCAGAACGAAGUCGCUGAAAGGGGAUUCGAGUGCUCCCAGAUGAAGAACAGCGACGAGUGCAACUCAGUCUAA